GCGGUUCCGUGGAGAGGAGACAAAGCGUGGUACUAAAGUCCGGCGUCCGGACACUAGCGCCUCGGAUCGGACGUCCGGGCGCUAGCAGUUCCGUUACCACAAUGAAGAAGUUUCUUGAGUUCCCAUACACCACACACUGUGCCAUUCCCGCCGCUGUCCUGCUUGUGAUCCUUGCGCUCGUGAUCCUCCCUGACCGCGAGACGCUGCUACCACCGUUGCUCACCGACGGCGGCCAUGGCGGCGGUGGCAACAACCUGUCAUCAUCAUGCAACAUCUUCAAGGGCGGCGAGUGGGUGCCGGACCCGGGCGCGCCGCGCUACACCACGGAGACGUGCUCGGUGAUCCACGGCCACUACGACUGCAUGCGGUACGGCAGGCCGGACCUGGACUUCGUCCGGUGGCGGUGGCGUCCGUCGGGGUGCGAGCUUCCCCGCCUCGACGCGGCGCGGUUCCUCCGCGCGGUGACGGGCAAGUCCAUGGCGUUCGUCGGCGACUCGCUCGCCAGGAACCAGAUGCACUCGCUGGUAUGCCUCCUGGCGCGCGCCGAGCAGCCGGCGGCGGCGUCGGGGACCAGCGUGUUCCGCUUCGAGCGGCACGGGUUCGUCGUCUCCCUGUUCUGGUCGCCGUUCCUCGUGCGCGCCGUCGAGACGGACCCGGACGGCCCGACGCGGACCGGGGCGGGGCUGUGGAGCCUCCACCUCGACGAGCCGGACCCCGGGUGGGCGGCGCCGGCGCGCGCCGGCGAGUUCGACUACGUGGUGGUCUCGGCGGGGAGCUGGUUCUUCCGCCCGUCCGUGUUCCACGUCCACGGCCGCGUCGUCGGCUGCCACGGCUGCCUCGCGCCCAACGUCACCGACCUCACGCUCCGGUACUCCCUGCGGAUGGCGUUCCGGACCGCGCUCCGCGCCGCAGCCAGGUCCAGGAGGACGGUGGUCGUGCGCACGCUGUCGCCGUCGCACUACGAGGACGCCGGCGACUGCGCGCGGGCGCGGCCGCUCGGGCGCGGCGAGUGGGAGAUGAGCGCGGUGGAGAAGGACAUGUACGCGAUACAGGCGGAGGAGUUCGUGGCGGCGAGGACGGCGAGCAAAGGGGUCUGCAGGAUGCUGCUGCUCGACGCCACGGAGGCGAUGGCGCUGCGGCCGGACGCGCACCCGAGCAAGUAUCGCCUGUGGCAGCCCGACAGGUUCAACGUGUCGCGCGACUGUUUGCACUGGUGCCUCCCCGGCGCCAUGGACGCCUGCAACGACAUGCUCAUCCACAUGUUGUUGCAGUAUUACAGAGACUAGAAACAACAACGCGUAGCCAUCCUCGUCAAAAAAAAAAAAAGAACACUACGCGUAGACAUUCUUUUUUAUCUUUGUGUUUGCUCAGCAUGUUAUAUGAUCAACAAAAUUAGACU